GCAUCAGGCCAGCAGUGGCAUCCUGGCUCCAAAGCUGUGCCCCACUCAGCCUCCCUUUCAAACACUCAAUUACCUCUCCAUCCCUCUUGAGUCAAAGCAGGAGCUUUUGCUGGCAACAGCAUGUUUCGAUCUCGCCGGUUCUUCCUCUCCCUUCUCGGGGUGGUUACUUGGUCUACCACCGCUGCCGACACCGUCAUCUCCAUUCUCGACGCAGCCUCUCUACUGGGUACGAAAGUCUCCUUCGCUGGUGUCCUCAUUGCAGCAAGCGCCUUGGAUGUUGUUUGUCUGUGUUGUAUUGGGUUGUUUUCGGCCGAGUAUGCUUGGAAAAGAGAUGGAAUCGUAAGAACGUCAUCUAGUGCAAGACGUAUCUUGGCAUUGUCUUGCAUUCUACCUUCGAUGGCUGCCAUGGUAUUGUCGCUGGCCUCGAUCAUCACUAUUAAGAUAAGAGCAAAGGAAAUAUCCUCCGCUAAAUCCUCAGCCGCAAUUAACAAUUGGCCUGGAGACCUCGCUCCACAAUUCGCCAUAUGGGGCUUGGCUUGCCUGUGCCAGAUUGCGCUGUACACCUCGCCAAUAUGGGCGAAACCAACCAAUGGAACCGAACAGUCGGUUUCAUCUUCAGGUUCAAGAGACUCUGUCAUGUCAGAGGUUCGUACUUCCAACCAGACCAUGAAUUUACACAUGGUAGAAGCAACACAGCCAGCUUCGCCACUGGCACUGCCAUCUCCUACCUUUUCGGCCCGCUCGUCUCACUCCCUCAAGUCUUGGAAGGAGUCACUGAAUCACGUCGUCCAUCCUGUUACCUCUCGGACGAAGCUUAUCAACCGGCCUUCCUUUUCACGGGAUGCUCGAAGCAUCUAUUCUGAUUCUCACUCCAUUUCUAACGUCUCUCAACCUGAUGGCUUCGACACUUGGGAUACCAGCAGUGUUGAUUCACAGGCUAGAGACGCUGUGAUGCAAUCUGCACCACCUCGAGGCACGGUUUUAGGUACCGCCUUAGAACCCAUUCCAGGUAGCCGACCUGCGUCGCCGGCUCACGCUUUGGAUGGUCCUUUCCUCGAGGAAUCCGAUGGAAGGGCAUCUCCUGCUCUUUCUUUACCUCCAAAGAUGUAUCCAGACACGUCUCGACCUCCAAGCCCUGCUGUCAGCGAAGCACACAUUCAUCCACUCUUCAGGACCGAGAGUCCAGUUCCACCUCCAGAGGCUACGCCCGGGACAAGCAUAAUGGCCUCACCUCUAAGCAACCAGGUGAUUGCAUGUCCACCACGACCAUACAGCCGUAUGCGAUCCAAUAGCCGUGCUGCGAGCCCAAGUCCUCUCAUGCACUCUCAAUCAUUUCAUGACCGCACCAUGAACCCUCAGCGAUCUUCUCGAAGCCCUUCUCCUCCCAGUCGGGAGAUGACCCCACCGAUCCCAGAUUUUGUCCUCACCUCGUCGCCGAGAAGCAGCUUAAGUGGAACGCAGACGAGAAAGAAGAUUAAUCUUUACGUUGAUACGGGCCGAUGACCAUUCCAAUUUACGUUCGGGAGGCCUUUUUGGUGUAUAGGCAUGACUACGGAUCUAAUGUCGGGCGUAAUCCUAAUGGGCGACAUGUAAUCCUUACGAGAAACGAUCCAUUUCUCACGUAUGCUAUGCCCCAGGCACUAUCCAUCUUUGGGGGUCUUCUACAUUCUGUCGUUGCGAGCCUCCAUCUUUGGAAACCUUGAAUCUUAUGAGCGUUUGGUCUGGCGUUCUGUGUUUGUUUUGGGAGGGGUUGGGGGUACAGGAAAACAAAUGCAGUCCUUAUUAGUAUUACCUUUAAUCGGUCCACGCCACUGGCUGGGCGUGUUCGGAUAGGGUGCCAUGUGGUAGGGCUGGGUUGGGCUGGGAUGUAUUGAGAGUGUACGUGAUAUUGAAAUAUGUGUUCAGGAUCCUCCAGGUAGCAAUCUACCAAUUAAAGAAUCAAACGUUGUUGACUUACCUCUUG